AUGAUUGGUCAUUUAGUUGAGCCUGCAAGUUAUUCAUCGUCAACGGUAAUAGCAGCCGCAUCCUGUUUAAGAAAAACAUCAACAAUAUGUUCACGUUGUAUGACUUCACCAUUAUCUGUUAUUAGAAAUAAUCAAAAAUUAUCUAAUGCAAUCCUUUUACUCCGUUUAGUCGCUUUACAGCCUUUAGUCCUUGAGGGUGAGGGUGAGGCUGUAAAGGGAGUAAAAGGACCAAAAGGAGUAAAGGGAGUAAAAGACUUCAGUUGUUCAACACCGUUUCGAAUUACCGAUGAUGGUAGAACCAACGAUACAAAGCGUUCAACGAAGUACAUUCAAGAACCACAACGUUUACAGCAGAAUAACACAUUCACGGUCGACGCUGUAAAAGCAAAAGGUGAAUACCAUAAUGCAUUAGAGCACAGUACGCAAUCAAGUGGAUAUUACAUGGAAAAUUGA